UGAGCGCCGAGCAAACAUUGCGGGGGAGUCGAGUACUCUUCGUACAGAGCACGCAAGAGCACGGCGCACAGCAUCAACGUUCAUCAACGUUUUGACGAAAUGGCGGAGAAAUCACGUCGUGUAGCACAAACGGAAGAUUUAUCAAACGUCGAGUUUGAAACCAGCGAAGAUGUCGAGGUUAUUCCCACCUUUGACAACAUGGGUCUCCGCGAUGAGCUGUUACGCGGAAUCUAUGCGUACGGUUUUGAAAAACCGUCAGCCAUUCAGCAACGAUCUAUUAAACCUAUCAUGAAAGGCAGAGAUGUAAUAGCUCAGGCACAGUCUGGUACAGGAAAAACCGCUACUUUCUCAAUUGCGAUAUUACAAUCAUUGGAUACACAAGUACGAGAAACGCAGGUUCUGGUUUUAUCCCCAACUCGAGAACUUGCCACUCAAAUUCAGAAGGUUAUUCUUGCAUUGGGAGAUUUCAUGAAUGUACAAUGUCAUGCCUGCAUUGGUGGUACAAAUCUUGGAGAAGACAUCAGAAAACUCGAUUAUGGCCAGCAUGUUGUAUCUGGCACACCUGGUAGAGUAUUCGAUAUGAUUAAGAGGCGAGUACUCAGAACUAGAGCUAUUAAAAUGUUAGUACUAGACGAAUCUGAUGAAAUGUUGAACAAAGGUUUCAAGGAACAAAUAUAUGAUGUAUAUCGGUAUUUACCACCGGCGACACAGGUUGUUUUGGUUUCGGCUACUUUACCCCAUGAAAUUCUCGAAAUGACUAGUAAAUUUAUGACAGAUCCCAUCCGCAUUCUUGUCAAACGUGAUGAGUUGACAUUAGAAGGAAUCAAACAAUUCUUCGUCGCUGUAGAACGAGAAGAGUGGAAAUUUGACACACUCUGUGAUUUGUAUGACACGUUGACAAUAACGCAAGCAGUUAUCUUUUGUAAUACUAAACGUAAAGUAGACUGGUUGACGGAAAAAAUGCGAGAGGCCAAUUUUACAGUAUGUUCUAUGCAUGGAGACAUGCCACAAAAAGAACGAGAUAACAUAAUGAAAGAGUUUCGAUCUGGUCAGAGUCGCGUGUUGAUUACAACGGAUGUCUGGGCUAGAGGAAUCGAUGUUCAGCAAGUGUCACUCGUAAUUAAUUACGAUCUACCUAACAAUCGUGAAUUGUAUAUUCACAGAAUAGGUCGAUCGGGACGUUUCGGCCGUAAAGGUGUGUCGAUAAAUUUUGUGAAAACCGAUGACAUAAGAAUUCUCCGAGAUAUCGAGCAAUAUUACUCUACGCAAAUAGACGAGAUGCCGAUGAACGUGGCUGAUUUGAUAUAAAAUGCGAGAUUUAUGCGCAGAUUAAAUAUUUUACGUACAAAAAUUUCUUUAACUUCAAUUAAUUUGUUAAGACACAAGAGACAGUAUAAUUCUAUCAAUAAUAUCACAUGUCAACAGAUUUCAAAA